ACAUUUACAUUUGACGCGUUCACACUACAAAAUACGGCGAUUUAUCUUCUUUCAUUUAAAAAUAUAAACGUAAGUUGAAAAUGUCGGCGAACGUUAACGUUAUACGCCAACAGUUAUUCUCCGUUUUAACAACGGGCGGCACCCCAAAAGAACAAGCGGAAAGGUAUAGAUUCGUUUUGGAAUCAAUUCUAAAUGGACCUGAAUCUGAUCUCGUAGAAUGUUUGCAAGUAUUUAUUGUCGCGAUGGUUAACGAGAAUGUUAGUUUAGUGAUUUCAAGACAAAUUCUAACGGAUAUUAGUUCCCAUUUGGUUAAAUUAAGUGAUCCUGUGUCGAUUGCAGUUUCUCACUACACUUUGGAGAAAAUUCAACCAAGAGUUAUUUCAUUUGAGGAACAGGCAGCUCAUAUUCGUCAACAUUUAGCAGAACUUUAUGAACGUAAUCAAAAUUGGCGUGAAGCAGCUGGAGUUUUAGUUGGAAUUCCUUUAGAAACUGGUCAAAAACAAUACACAGUUGAUUACAAAUUGGAAACAUACCUAAAAAUCGCCCGUUUAUAUUUAGAAGAUGACGACCCAUUCCAAGCUGAAGCUUUUAUAAAUCGAGCGUCGCUUCUUCAAGCAGAGUCCAAAAAUGAACAACUUCAAGUUUAUUAUAAAGUAUGUUAUGCCCGCGUUUUAGAUUAUCGUCGAAAAUUCAUUGAGGCAGCUCAAAGAUAUAAUGAGUUAUCCUACAGAACAAUAAUUCAUGAAGAUGAACGUAUGACGGCCCUCCGUAACGCAUUAGUUUGUACCGUUUUAGCGUCAGCUGGUCAACAAAGAUCCCGAAUGUUAGCUACAUUAUUCAAAGACGAACGCUGUCAGCAACUUCCGGCUGUUUCAAUUUUAGAAAAAAUGUAUUUGGACCGAAUAAUCCGCCGAAGUGAGUUACAAGAAUUUGAGGCUUUACUUCAGCCCCAUCAAAAAGCAACAACUGUAGAUGGAUCUACAAUAUUAGAUCGCGCCGUCAUUGAACAUAAUUUAUUAUCAGCAAGUAAACUUUAUAAUAAUAUUAGUUUUGAGGAAUUGGGAGCUUUAUUGGAAAUUGUUCCAUCAAAAGCGGAAAAGAUUGCAAGUCAAAUGAUAACGGAAAGAAGGAUGAAUGGUUAUAUUGAUCAGAUUGAUUCAAUCGUUUAUUUUGAAACUCGGGAAACAUUGCCACAAUGGGACAAACAGAUACAGUCCUUGUGUUAUCAAGUUAAUUCAGUGAUUGAAUUAAUUUCAAAACAUCAUCCAGAAUGGUUGAGUAAAGUUAUGGAAGAACAGAUGAUGUCUUAACAAUUUGUUAUUGAUAUGUUUUGGAUAUUUGUGUUAUUAUUAUCUUAGUGGUUUAUUUUUUGUGUACUAAAUAUAUGUAUAAUAAAUAUAAAAAAAAUCUGAAGAAAAGGUCAUGACAAUACAUAUAAAGCUCAUACAAACACU